CACGUAAAGAACGUUGAAGAUUGCUCAGGGUAAUGUCAGGAACGAUGAGCGGCAAACUAGUACGCGCAUUGCGCUGUCAUCGCUUUCGCACACAUACUUCUACACAAUAUGCGAAUCGCGAACUAGCAUUCUUACGCAGACAUCCCCUGCCUCUGCCUCAAGACGCGUCGUUGAGAAUCGACGAGCACUGUCGUCAUCGCGGUACCAUCUCGGAACGUACAGUCAAAACGACAUAUGCGCAGAAUUUGAAGUCCAUUCAGCACAAGCUCAAAUUCACGAUCUUUCGCCAUAACAAAAUAUUUCACCUUAGUCUCGAGAAGACCUACUCCAGCAGGCGCUUUCCUCGGUCACGCCAUCGAACCAUCUCGAAAUGGAGGAAUCAAGAGGCUCUUUGGAGCCAACAGGCGAGAAGCUCUCGUCUACCUCCGACCAGGACUUUGACGACAGUGACUCCCACGAAGACAUAGACUGCCACAACUCUGCCGACUCUGCACAUGCUUCCAAGCAGCAGCAGGACCUGGAACUCGCGAAGACGAAGUCAAUCGCAGAGACCAUGUCUCCACUCCGCGAAGCUUUCUUUGUUGGCUUGCUCUGUUCGGCUCAGUUCGUUACACAAGCGGGUCUGCUAGGCACUCUCAAUAUCUUGCACAUCAUUGGAUCCGAUCUUGGUAUCACCGACCCCGGUGUCCUGUCCUGGCUGAUUGCGGGUUAUUCGUUGACAGUCGGUACCUUCAUUCUGUUGUCGGGCCGUUGUGGAGAUCUGUUCGGAUACAAGAACAUGUUGAUUGUGGGCUAUAUUUGGUUCGGCAUCUGGAUGACAGUAGCCGGAUGCAGCGUUUAUAUCGAAGGAAAUGGUGGCCAAGUGCUUUUCAUCUUCUCGCGUGUACUGGGAGGUAUAGGACCGGCGAUAUUACUGCCCAAUGCGCUUGGCUUAUUAGGCGCGACAUACAACGAGGGGAAGAGGAAGGAUAUGGUGUUCUCGCUGUUUGGAGCAUGCGCACCCGGUGGUGGCAUAGCUGGGGGCGCGUUCGCUGGUCUUUGGGCGCUCUUGUGGUGGCCGUGGGCGUUCUGGACGUUUGGCAUUGCGCUGUUUUGCCUUGCCAUUUUGUCGAUCUUUAUCCUUCCCUCAGUACCGCUCGACCCGGAAGUUCGCAAUCUCUCGCACAGGGAGCGAAUUCGUGAGCUUGAUCUUCUCGGCGCAACUGUUGGCAUUACCGCCAUGAUCCUGUUCAACUUUGCCUGGAAUCAAGCGCCUGGAUUCGGAUGGGAACACCCCUACAUCUACGUCUUGCUUAUAAUCGGCCUUCUUCUCUUUCCUCUCUUCUUUUGGAUCGAGAUCAAAGUCGCCAAGAAGCCUCUCAUCCCGUUUGAUGCUCUCAGCACGGAUGUCUCGUUCGUGUUGACUUGCAUAGCAUGUGGCUGGGCUGCUUUCGGUAUCUGGGUUUACUACUUUAUCCAAUUCCUCCAGCAGCUGCGUGGCGAGUCUCCGCUUCUCACAAUGGCUCAUCUCUGCCCUGUCGUGAUCUCCGGCUUCAUCGCUGCUGUCACCACUGGUCGUGUCAUUUCGCGCAUCGGCCCAGGGUGGGUCAUGCUUAUCAGCAUGCUAGCGUUUUUGGCAGGCAAUAUUCUCGUCGCUACACUCCCGAUCAACCAGAUCUACUGGGCGCAGACCUUUGUUACCACGCUCGUCAUUCCAUGGGGUAUGGAUAUGAGUUUUCCCGCCGGCACGCUGAUCAUGAGUAAUGCCGUCGCUAAGAAGCACCAAGGUAUGGCGGCGAGUUUGGUCAACACAAUCGUGAACUACAGCAUCAGUAUUGGCGUUGGCAUCGCAGGAACAGUGGAGGUUCAUGUGAACGAUGGCGGAAGAACGGAAGAGGAUGAACUGAACGGUUAUCGCGGCGCCAUGUAUGUUAGCGUCGGAUUGAGCGGCAUGGGUGUAGUGACGAGCUUGCUGUUCUUGCUCAAGAUAUGGUUGAGGGAGAAGAGGGCACAGAAGAACAUCUAAACUUAGAGUCUUAGUAUUCAACCUAGAUUCAACAUUGCUGACUUUCUUUGGCGUGCACUUUCGCAGCUUUGUGCGUACGCCCGCCAUCUCUGAGUGAUUACGUCACCGUGUCGCACCAUCCCG